ACAAGGCCCAGCCCAAUUACGCAAACGACAAACAAGAUGAGGCUCAAAGGAGCCGAGAUUCAAGACUCAAGGAGUGAAUCUGACGAGCAAGCGGGAAAUUUUUUGACGAAACGUUUUGAAUUCCCAAUUCCCUCUGGAUUCAUUCACUGAGAGAAUCUCCAUGGCCGUUGCUCACUGAACUAGCAACCCUUUUGCUUGCAUUUUCCCACGCUUCCUCGACCAUUUCCCCCUACCCAAUCGAAAUUUCACACCAAAGUACGGGUAUUGAUUGCCUCGGAAGUCAUUUCGCGUCCGCCGGCGUACCCAAAAUCCUAGGGUUCCGAGGGUUUCACAUGAAGCCGUCCCCGCGGAAUGCAAAGCUCUACUCUUUGAGUUCAAAAUGAGCAACCACAAAGAGGGUGCAGGCGAAAUAAUACAUACGGUCCAGGCUGAGCGAGACUUAGGGGCUAAUUGGGAGGUCGAUCUUGCCAAGAAGCUCGAGGAUUACUUGCUGAAGAUUUGCUCUGGUGAAAUUAGGGGAACCGAGGAGGACGCUGCUCAUAUCUCCAUCAAUUUCGCUGAAGCUGCUUUACUCCUUCAGGGUUCGGUUCAGGUGUACAGCAGGAAAGUUGAGUAUUUGUACAACUUGGUUCUACAUGCGUUGGACUUCCUCUCUGAGAAGAGGCAGCAGGGACAGUCCGAUGAUGCUUCUGCCGAACAACCUGAGAAAACUGCUUCAAGGUCUAAUAAUGAUGACGAAGAAGAUCAAUUUUGGGGCUCAGAUGACAUCCCAGUGGAACCAAGGAAUUGCUUGGAGGCUUCUACCAGUAAAGAUGCUUCCUUUUACCAUUUCACAAAGCCACCAGCUAAUCUAGUCGUUCUUGAGGCUGAUUGCUUGGACACAGGUGGCGAUGGAGGGGAACUGGAGUCAUAUCUAUUAGCCACCUGCGAUCUCUACCGGGAUUAUGUCCUGUUAGAUCCUUGUGAUGCUCCUUCAGUAAAUGACUUCUUAGAUAAGGUCACUGGAAAUGGUCCGGCAUACAAGCCCCCCUCAGUCCGAAAAACUGGUCAUUCUUCAGCAAAACGAUCACGGAGGUCAUCCCUGGGAAAGAACCACGAUGCUGCUUUCAAUUGUUCUCCUAUUCCUGACUGUGGCUUGCAGGACAAUAACUAUGAUGUGGGUCCUGGCCCUUCAAAAGAGGGUAAUUUUGGAGCUGGUGAUCAAGGGUUCACUAUGGAUGAUAUGGAUUCACCACCUGGAAACUUGGAUGACUCAGAUUUAGACGAUGAAGAAAAUGAUCCAUGGAAGCCUUUGAAUCCUCAUGAACCUGGGAACUUAAAAGUGAAACCUUUCAAACGAGUACCCCUAAGAAGGAAUAUGGGGAACUCAACAAACUCCUCAAGUCCGAUAUCUAUUGCUGCAUUAUUUCCUCUCGCAAAGUUACAUGGCCCAAUUAGUCCCGAGUUCAAAGAAAUGUGGGAAGAGAGACGAAAAAAGCUUGAUCAGCUUGGGAACUCUCAAUCACAAUCUAACCCUUUAUAUGAAAAGUUACGGGAAUCACUUGCUGGCGGAGGGAAGAAAACUGGAAACUCCAGUGAUAAUGUUGAGAGUGACAAUUUGGACAAUGGUGAUGAUAAUGGUGACCCUGGGUUUGAUCAAUCUUAUGGUGAAAUGCCCGAAGCUACAUAUAUGGAUGAAGAUUUACCCCAUCAACAUAACAAGGAUUUUGAUGGUGGUACUAGCUUUGAUACCGAUGAUUGCUUUGAACAAGGAGAACCAAGUUCCCAAGCAAGCUUAGAGGAUCUUUGUCGCUCGCAUCUAGAUGCGCUUCUUGCUAACAUAGCUGAAUCUGAGAAGCAGACAGAACUAGCUGCUCGAGUUUCAUCAUGGAAACAAAAAAUCGAGCAGAACCUUGAAGUGCAAGAUUCACGACCUCCAUUUGACAUCCAUGUCUAUGGUGAUAGAAUUCUUGACAAAUUUUCUCUAGAAUCAGAAACUGAGACCAUCAAAUCCUUUGCUGAUAUUGUGAUGGGCCAAGAAAAGCAUGAUGUCGCCCGUUCCUUCUCUGCUAUGCUGCAGCUGGUGAAUGAUGGAGAUAUUGAUCUGGAGAAGAAGGCUGUUGCUGAUGGGAACUCAUUCUGUUACACUUCUGUGAAUCCAUUCCACGUUAAACUCCUCAAAAAGGAUGGAAGGCAAGCCCAUAGAAAUUUUAAGUUCUCCAAAAAGAGAGUCAAAUCACCACUCAUGAAAGCACGGAACAAGGAAGGCGCGAAGAAGCUCUCUAGAGAUAGAUCUCCGACUCCAAAGUCACCAUUAGGAAAUGGAUCACCCACGAACUCCAAGUUCGCUUCAAAGCUUCAGAAGAACAGCGGCAGAAGGUGCACUCCAGAGGGCAAAAGGAGAAGAAAAUCGAGAUUAGUCAAACCAAUUGACUUGCAUUCCCCCGUUUGAUGCACCAAUCAACUUCAUGCUUGCUGGGAGCAAAUUCAAUCUUUCAAGCUGAAUGGCUUCGAACAACAAACACAACAUAAAGGUGCGAACUUUAUCAUCACCUUUCCACCCUAUUGUAGAUUGAUUACUCUAGUGACAUAAUCCUGCGAUGUCCUCUGUAAUGUAUUUGGGUUUAAUUUAACUUAUGUUUAGGGAUCCACUCCAAAAUCUCUGAGGGUUCUUGUAGUAACGACACUUCGCUAACUACUAGAAGCCUAGAUUGAACAAUGGCUUUCUUUUUCUUUACAUGAGUCUGUAAUAACAUCAAGCUGACCAUUUGACUCUCUGUUGAUGACUGGAGGGUUAAUGUGAGAACUGAGAAUUGUGUCCAAGUUGUUUGUUAAGCUGCAUUGUUUAUGGCUUUGACUAUUGAGUCUGAAGAAAGAAUAGUAGUAGCUUGAAGUCUUCCGACCCGAGCAACCCUAUUUUCAGGAGAUGGCGUAGAGAAGUAGGAAUCUGGAAAAAAGGGUAUAGAACUAUAGAUAUCAAAUAUGUCAAAAGCCAUGAUGACUUUCUGUUCAACUAGUGCCUGCUGCAACGACUACAUAGCGCAGAGAUCUUUUUAUAGUUUAAUAAGCAUAGAAUAUCAGUUUGACUUUGACAAGAGGAAAGGAACCCAGUUUAUGAUUAUGAAGCAGUUUCAUCUUUCGUGUGAUUUGGGUGGAGUGGGAGCUACGUUAGCUGUCAAUCC